AAAAACAAAAAAACAAACAAAAACUAAAAGGGACAAAAAGUAAUGUGAAAGUGGCGGCUGCCGUUACACAAACUUCUACAAUUUCCUCUAACGCUUUCGCUUAUACUGAUGCAGCAUGUUAAUGCCUAAGGAGUUGCUGAAAUAACAUCCCUCAAUAAAACGAAGAAAACUAAAAGAAUGGCCAUACUCGAGUCCUGCUGCUUUUGGAAGACCGUGCGCAAAGGCAGCUAUGCCUGUGCAUUUUAUACGCUGAUCUACUUUGGAUUGUCCACGCUUAUGUUUACGGUCUAUCUGAAGGAGGAGCAGGCAUUUCUGCUUGGCCAGCGAAAACAGCCGCUGGGUGAGAGCAUAUUGGAGAAGGGUGAUGUAACUAUUGUAACUGUGAUAUUCAACGUGUUGUUUUUGUUUUGCUCAACGCUGAUGGUUUUGUCAUCCGUGCUGUUGAUUGUGGGACUUCGAAAUAACAAACGUCAAUUGCUAUUGCCCUGGAUAGGUUUAAUGCUCUGCGAUUUACUGAUUGAAAUUGCCCAUCUUGUCCACCUGUCACUCUCGGGUCGUGUGAUUUUCGAUCCAAUAGUCGGUUUCAUAUUCACCAUAGACUUCUUUAUCCUCUGCUUGAAUCUUUACUGUUUGCUCUGCGUCAUAUCGCAGUAUCAGGCCUAUCGCCUCGAGCGUGCCGAGCAGCGACAACAUCCGGCUCUAUCGGCAACGGUCGUCUACACAGCGCCCACGAAGCUGAGCAAAUCGAAGCGACAGUUGCUGGCAGCUGAAAAUGCGAGCGGUAAAGGUAAGCGACAACCACAUCGAAUGCUCGCAGCAAGUCCUUUGAUUACGUCACAAAGACCGACCAACUGUUCAACCAUCACCGAGGAGGAGGAGCAAAUGCAACAGUGCUGCAAGGCUGCAGCCUCUGCUGUCAAUGGCAAUGUCGACUGCGGUCAAAUCUCAGAGAAGCCCACCUCCAACUCAUUUAAUGCGGAUGCCUCGAUGGGUGGCAACCUACCAAUUAUUACGUUAGACCCCGACACACUGGAAUGAUGCGGUUGCUAUGCGCUCCAGUGACAGUCUCCUAUGUGCCAUUAACAGUUGCACAACAAUGUAUUGGAUACACUCGAAAUAGACAUAUUUUUAAAUGCCCUUUCAAAAGUAAAAUUCUACGCAGCACUCACUCACUCACAGUUUUUUUUUUUUAUUCACUAACAAUGGCAACAUACAUAAAUUCAUUUGCAGAGGCAAUGGAGUGGGACUGACAAUGAUUUUAGGGGAUUACGAAGAAAUUCGUAUCAAUAUUUUUGGAUAUUAUAUCAAUGAAAUUUAUAGAUUGCAAAAAGUGUACAAAGGAAUAUUGAAUAAUAAAGUUUGUCCCUCAAGAAACCA